UUCAGUGCGGGAGCUUGACGAAUGUGUGCCGUGAUUGAAUAAUUGGUGAUACGGACUUGUUGCGCGAAUGAUACGAUUUUUGUGUUAUCCCGAUCGAUCAACAGGUGGCUUGUUUACUUCAUUUUGUUGGUUCUGGAGUACGCACACGAGAAUCGGAAUGGAGGGUCGGUUCCAAGCAAAGGCUGGCUGCGGCGAAGCGGACGGUAACGAGCAAAUCACGAUGAACAGCAAGAGGCCGACAAUGACGCUCAAUGUCAAUGGCCUCUGGGAUGUUGUGCCCCGACUUGAUCAUUACAGGCUGAGUCGUCGAGCCAAACGACCCUCCUUAGCCGAGUUGCACGAGGGGAGUUUCGCUUGCAAGGACGCCACGGCAGCAGCGACAGUGGCGGCGAACGCGACGCCGUCAGCGGCGAACGCGGCGACGAUGGAGAGCGGCGGCCUGUCGGCGCCAGCGUCACAGGCACCAGGGGGCUAUCAUCACGAGGGAAUCAAGCUGGGUUGGAUUCAAGGUGUGCUCAUACCAUGCUUGCUCAACAUCUGGGGUGUCAUGCUGUUCCUGCGACUCUCCUGGGUGGUCGCGCAGGCUGGCAUCUUUCACACCUGCAUCAUCAUCGGCAUAUCGGCGCUCGUGUGCGUCGUUACUACGCUCAGUCUCAGCGCUAUCAGCACCAAUGGGGAGGUCAAGGGAGGGGGUAUCUACUUCAUAAUCUCUCGUUCUCUGGGUCCGGAAUUCGGUGCCUCGGUCGGCAUCGUAUUCGCCUUCGCCAACGCCGUAGCGGCGUCGAUGAACACAAUUGGCUUCUGCGACUCGUUGAACGAAUUGCUCAAGGAGCACGGCCUCAAGAUCAUCGACAAUGGCGUGCAGGACGUGCGGGUCGUUGGCAUCGUUGCCAUUCUCGCUAUGGUGCUGAUCUGUGCCAUCGGCAUGGAAUGGGAAUCGAAGGCGCAAAACUUUUUGAUAGCCAUAAUCGUUGGCGCUAUCUUUGACUUUCUGAUCGGUACCGUGAUUGGGCCUCGGAAUAUCGAGCAGAAGGCAUCCGGCUUCAAUGGAUUUUCAAGCAAGGUAUUCACGGACAAUUGGUAUCCGGACUACCGUUUCUCGGAGAACAGCAAUCAGACAUUUUUCUCUGUGUUCGCCAUCUUCUUCCCGUCGGUGACGGGCAUCCAAGCCGGCGCCAACAUAUCCGGUGACCUGAAAGAUCCCGCGAGCAGCAUACCCGUGGGCACGUUGCUCGCGCUCCUCAUUUCCAUGGCCAGCUACGUGACUUUCGUGCUGUUCGCCGGCGGUGCCGCUACGCGCGACGCCAGUGGUCUCGUUUUCAAUUCCACUGUCAUCCAACCCUGCCCGACCACUGCUGGCUGCAACAUGGGACUGCACAACAGUUACUCGAUGAUGCAGCUGAUGUCAGUGUGGGGACCGUUCAUCUACGCGGGCUGCUUCGCCGCGACGCUGUCGACCGCGCUGACGAAUCUGCUGUCGGUGCCACGACUCAUCCAGGCACUGGGCCAGGAUCGCAUCUACCCUGGGCUGAUAUACUUCAGCAAGGGCUACGGCAAAUCCGGGGAGCCGUACCGCGGCUACGUGCUCACUUUCUUCGUCGCCGCUCUGUUUCUGCUGAUCGCUAAUCUGAACGCGGUGGCGCCUCUGAUCUCCAACUUCUACCUUGCCUCUUACGCCCUCAUCAACUUCUGCACAUUCCACGCGGCGCUGGUCAGGCCCCUUGGCUGGCGACCGACCUUCAAGUACUACAACACGUGGCUGUCGCUGCUGGGCUUCAUCGGCUGCGUGGCGAUAAUGUUCCUGAUCGACUGGGUGACGUCCCUGGUCACCUUCGUCAUCAUCUUCGCGCUGUACCUCAUAGUGGUGUACAGGAAGCCCGACGUGAACUGGGGCAGCAGCACGCAGGCGCAGACCUACAAGACGGCCUUGUCGAUCGCGUACAGAUUGAACUCGAUAGACGAGCACGUGAAGAACUACUGCCCGCAGAUUCUGGCGCUGUCGGGCGCGCCGAACGUGCGCCCACCGCUGCUCCACCUGGCCAACCUCAUCACCAAGAACAACUCGCUGCUGAUCUGCGGCGAGGUCUACCCCUCACGGAUGUCGUACCGAGUGCGCUCGGCCCACUUGCGCGCCGGUUACGCCUGGCUGCAGCGCCAGCGCGUCAAGUCCUUCUACCACGUGGUGGAGGAGCUGAGCCUGGAGAAGGGCGCCUCGGCGAUGAUGCAGACCUCGGGAGUCGGCAAGCUGGCGCCCAACGUCGUGCUCAUGGGCUACAAGACGCACUGGAGCAGCUGCAGCCACAAGGACCUCCAGGAGUACUUCAACGUUCUCCACAACGCCUUCGAUCACCGUCUGGCAGUGGCGAUCCUGCGCAUAGCCCAAGGAUUGGACUGCUCCAGCGUGGCGAGCAGCGCCGAGGACGAGCAGCAGGGCGCCUUGGUACAGAGCAGCUACGACUUGGCGGGCAACACGCUCAUGCACGCCGACAGCGAUCUGUCGAUGAGCGGACGUGGCAUCGCCCGCGUACAGAGUGUGCCUACCAUCGGUAGUCAAUAUACUCCGCCUGACGCGACUGUGGUAAUGAGAGACUCGCCGACCCAUUGGAACGCCCGAGAACAGUUGAAGAAUAAGAAGAGGAUUGUUGCCGAUAAACUGAUAAUGCACAACAAACAAAAUGGUCUAUCGGUUGUACCCGAAUAUACAUCUAUUUUCCAGAAGAAACAUAAAAAUGGUACUAUCGACGUGUGGUGGUUAUACGACGACGGAGGUUUAACGAUACUCCUACCAUACAUAAUCAGCACCAGAUCGAACUGGGAGCAUUGUAAGAUAAGACUUUUCGCUCUGGCCAAUCACAAGCAAGAUAUCGGUGCUCAAGAAAAAGAGAUGGCGGAAAUCAUGGCGAAAUUCCGUAUUAAGUAUACGAGUUUGAAGAUGGUCGACGAUAUCAGCGUGAAACCCAGACCGGAAACUCAAAGCUUCUUCGACAAAAUCAUUUUGGAUUUCCGCAAAAAUGAUAAUACCGAGAAUACCGAAUGCUGCGUAACCGACGCUGAACUCAACAGUCUGAGGGAUAAGACAUUCAGGCAGUUGAGGUUGCGAGAACUGUUAUUGGAGAACUCGAGUUGUUCGACUCUGGUAGUAAUGUCGCUGCCGAUGCCGAGGAAAGGUGCAGUUUCAGCACCGCUGUACAUGGCCUGGCUCGAGGCGUUAACGCGGGAUUUGCCACCCACGCUUCUGAUUCGCGGCAAUCAUUCAUCCGUGCUAACCUUCUACUCGUAGUACUAUUGCAUACUACUUGUCAUUACUUAACAUCCCUCGCUUCUUCUUUUUAUUCAUCGAGCGCCUUCCUAUUGUUAUUUAUUGGUGCCAGAUAGUGGCUUCUUUUCGUCGUACUGUAUGUCGGUGGGAUUUGUUUCUAUAGAGAGAGAGAGAGAGAGAGAGAGAAAGAGAGAAAGAUUGUUGCUGAGAGUUUCUUAAUUUUUACGAAAAGAGAGGAAUUCUGUACUUUAGAACUAUCAUAUGACUGAGUCUUCAUUUUGCAGAACUAAAAAGAAAUACAUCAUUAGCUAUAGUACACGUCAAACUGUAGGGAGACAUACCAAAUAUUUUUCCGAUGGUUAGGCGCGCGAAAAGAGAUAUUUUAGUGCUGUCAAUUAAUCUCCUAAUACUAUAUGAAAAGAGUAAAGCAGAGCAUUCCUCGAGAUUGCGGAACUGCGCCGAAAACAGCCCAAAGUUUCUACGUAGAGCUGUAAAACUGCGCAAUUGUUAGUCGUAAGUUGCUUUUACAAAGUGACGGUUUGCCCGAGGUACAAGAUUAUCACUGUUUUUGAAAAAAAAUCGUUGCUCUUCGUUUUUAUUUGGCCAUCUUGUACUUCGAAAUACCUAUAGUGCAAUUUUACUGGACCGUGGCCAUAUGGUAUAUAGGCUUUACCUUUUAAUUGAGGCACUUGUAAACGCAGCGCAUACUCGCUAUGAUUUUUCAUUACGUUUAUUUGACUGCUAGUCGAGUUUCAAUGCCAGUCUUAAUACAAAGCUUAUGCAUAUAAUUAUAUCUUUGAAUACUAGAUCAAAUAUAUCAACGAUAUGCUUCGAACUUGUCUGUAGAUUCGUCCGUAAAACCUUUUUCAUGCUAUGAAAUACUGAUUGAUAAGAAUGACAUUGUUACGAAGAAUGAAAUUAGUGUCAAGACUGGACAACUAUACAAAUUGUACUGUUAUAGUGUAGUUUUUAAGUUCGAAAGUAAACAUAUUAUUAUGUUAUAUUUAACGCGUAAAUAUAAUAUUCGUAUUUUUGGCCGGCAGACAGAAGAUUAUAUAAAAUUUAUCUAGCGCACAAUUUUUUUGUGAUAUCAAAAAAUAUAGAGAAUUCCAACUUUUCGUCACCAGUGAUAUAUAGUUCAGCAGUAUUUAUCGUUAUAAUUUCUUUCGAUGAUGGCCUAUAGUUUUAUUUUCAUAGAGCUUCAAUGUAUUCAAUUGAUGCCAUAAAAAGACAUAAAAAUAACGAGCUUUUAACUUAUAUACAAUGCCAUACAAUACUACCAAGUUAUUUUGAGAUUCACAUAAUUAUUAUUCAAUAGGUAUUCAUCUUUGCUGUUCUUUUGUUCCGCCUUACUGUCAUUUUCAUUUUUACAGCUCAUCGUUAUACAAUCAAUUUGUAAUGUUCGAAUGCGUUGAUGAAAGUAGCUGUUGCGAAUAUGAAAGCAAUUAAAAAUGUGAAUUUAAGUUAGGUAACGAUGAAGUGCCAAGAUCUGAUCAUUAAAUAAAAAUCAUAUGCUCGUAAGAAUUCUACUUUGAUUAUUUCGUCCUAAAAAAGACGUUGACUAAAACUUCAUUCAUUUUGAUCCUUAUAGCAAGUAGUAAUACAAUAUCAAUAUAUGAUACUUUAUUUACAUAAUAGUUUAACAUAAUUUGUAUCGGAAAUUCUAAAGUCAUAUAUUCAUUUGAGAUGCGUGAGGAACAUUACUUGGAACAAUAGAGAGCUCAGAAAAUGCAAGUUUUUACUCAAAAUAAAAUUAGCCUAUUAUACAACAUAUUUGCUUAUUUUUAUUUGCAAUUUUUAAUUUAACUGAAUUGUUUUUCAAGAUUCUACGCCAUCAUUUUCUCGCCGAAAUUCAUUUCUGAAAGCCACUGCCAUAAUCACACUUCGCACACUCUAUUGAAAAGUCUUCCCGUGUCUUUAAUCUAUUCCACUGGUUAUCAUAUCUUUGUCAUGAAAAAUCUUUGCAGUUAAUUAUUUAAAGACCAUAUUAUAUGACUUGUUUAAAGGAAGACAAGAAGUACAGUGAGGAAUUUGCUAUAGCAUACUUUUUAUAUGUGUGUUCAUGUACGUUGUGUGGAUAA